GUUUCUUGUGUGUGUGUGUGGCUUGGUGACUACAGCUUCUAAGCCCUAUCCUCAAGCAUGUUUAUAUUUCGGCUGCCUAGCAAAAUUUACCCUUUGAUGACAUAUAUUGCAUUGUGUCCAGUAGUGUGCUCCUACAUUAGGUCUGCUUUUCAUUUUCUUUUAUGGCAAAGGUAGAAUCUCAACUCCAAUACUUGCUCCUUCUUCCUAGCUUUGCAGGACUGAGGGUUAUGUGCACAUUAGUCGUAAUUGAUCAAAAUUGGAUGCCUUUUCAUACACGAGUAUUAUGAGAAGCAAAGGAUUAAUAAAAUCAAUUACUUUAUUUAUAUCGUUUACAAUUCUUCUAACCCCUUUCAGGUGAUUUGGCAUAUUUAUCACUUUCCAUUCUUUCUUUCAGUAACAUUUGCACUUCCCAAAUUUUGGGACUUCAUUGGUCAAUUAUUUUCUCUUCGUGCAUGUGUUUCAUAUGCUAUGCUAUUUCUGGUUUAAGAAGAACCUGCUUUUACUUAAUAAAUUCGAAAUGCUCCAAAAAGGUACGAAAGUUCGUGAUCUUUCAGUUUUAGAGCUUGAGUUGUUGCUCACUAGUAAAAUGUUGUGGUGUUCACCUCAAUAAAGAAAGCAAAAUGGUGUGGCAAAAGAUAGAAUUUCCAUCAUUUUAUAUUGCAUUUUUUGCUCCCAAGCCAAUAGUUUGGUAGACAAAGAGAUUGGAGGAAAAAAAAUUUUAUGGUGUGAGUAACUUUCCUAAUCUUGAAUUUCAUGCUGUACUUAAAUUAGUUGUCCAUUGCUUUUAAUUUACAUGUACAUAUGGUUUUUCUUUUAAAAAUCACAACUCAAUAUAUGUGCAAUUGAACUUGUUUAUCCCAUGUUUGAUUUCACUGUCCUGAUUGUUCAGGAGAUUUGACAUAUUUGUUUGUCUUGGGUGCCGUCAACCUUAAUUAGCAGGAUUUUUUUACCAGUCUAAAAGCUGUCAUUUCCUGUCCUGGAAAUCUCAAUGUUAUAAGAUGCAGAGAUCUCCUUGGGUGUAGCGGGCAUGUAUGGCCUUCUGUCAAAUUUGGGUCUUGCUGUAGUGUUUUCUUUUAAAUUGGUCGUCUUUGUAACUUAUGUAUUUCCAAUUUACUCUUGGCACAUCUUGUUUGCUUUAGCCAUUCCCUUUUCACUUAUCAUACUUGUUAUUUACUGUUUUGUUAUGAAAGCAGGGAAUUCUAUUUCACACUUGUAAUUCCUUAAUUUAAGGAAACAGGUCGAAUGCUGUUUAAGGCUGCAUCUUUCAAUUGCACCAUUUGGACUGCAGAUUGCAAUCCUAACUCAAGUCAGGCAGUGAUUGGAACAAAUCUGGGAGCUGCCCUGGUCAAUUUGGAAACUGGAAUGGCAUCAUGGGUGUGUAGAAGCAAAAGUGAUGUUUUGUCUCAACAGCUCGAUCCAUCGGGGAAUGUUGUUUUAUGUGGGCUAAUAAAUGGAGCAAUUUUGACAGUUGAUGUUCGUGAAAAACAAGAAAGGGUUCCAGAUAGACUUAUAAGGCAUAGAAUACCUUAUUCAUCACUGGGCAGACAAGGUCCCAGUUCUAGUAAACAAUGGUUUGAGGUCAAAGGAAACAUGUACUCUUCUCGUACUAUUUUUAUGCCUUCAUCUAUAUGCUGUAUGGUAUCACUUCAGUCUGACGACCAGUACUUCUUGGCCAGCUCUAUGGAUGGAUUGGCUAGUAUUGGCUCCUAGCUUGCCAUUCUUUUUACUCUUUUGUGGACAUCCUUUUAAUAAUGUGCUCCUGAAUGGGAAGCAACAUAUCAAAGAAUCAUUUUUUCUAAAUUAAUAUGGCAGUAAUGAGGCACAAAA